AUAGCUUAACCAUUUCUCAUCCAACUUGGCCUAUAAAAGACACCCCACCAAGCUCGUACACCCCACUAACACAGAAAAACAGGCAGUCUUCUUUCUUGGCUUCAAGUUUUGGUUGCUAGAAGUCGGAUAGUACAGAGCAAAGAAGAAGGAAAAUGGAGGGCAAAGAAGAGGAUGUUAGAUUGGGAGCCAACAAGUUCUCAGAGAGGCAGCCGAUUGGGACUGCAGCUCAGAGCCAAGAUGAGGAGAAGGACUACACUGAACCACCACCGGCUCCACUUUUUGAGCCCGGAGAGUUGACCUCUUGGUCUUUUUACAGGGCUGGGAUUGCAGAGUUCGUGGCUACUUUUCUCUUCUUGUAUAUCACCAUUUUGACUGUCAUGGGAGUUGUUAAGGAAACAACUAAGUGCCCAACUGUUGGGAUUCAAGGGAUAGCUUGGGCCUUUGGUGGCAUGAUCUUUGCUCUUGUUUACUGUACUGCUGGAAUUUCAGGUGGUCACAUCAACCCGGCGGUGACAUUCGGACUGUUCUUGGCGAGGAAACUGUCCUUGACAAGGGCAAUUUUCUACAUGGUGAUGCAGUGCUUGGGAGCCAUCUGCGGUGCUGGUGUGGUGAAGGGAUUCAUGGGGAAGCGAAGGUACGGUGCUUUGAAUGGUGGAGCCAACUUCGUCGCACAUGGCUACACCAAGGGAGAUGGCCUCGGCGCUGAGAUUAUCGGUACCUUUGUCCUUGUUUACACCGUCUUCUCAGCCACUGAUGCCAAGCGCAGUGCCAGAGACUCUCACGUCCCCAUCUUGGCACCCUUGCCAAUUGGGUUCGCAGUAUUCUUGGUGCACUUGGCCACCAUCCCAAUCACAGGAACUGGCAUCAACCCAGCUCGCAGUCUUGGUGCAGCCAUAAUUUUCAACAAGGAAAGGGGCUGGAAUGACCAUUGGAUUUUCUGGGUGGGUCCAUUCAUUGGGGCAACACUGGCAGCUCUCUACCACCAAGUUGUGAUCAGAGCCAUGCCUUUCAAAUCAAAGUGAUCAAACCAACGGUCAUGAUUGUGAUUAUCAUAUUUGUGGCCCUUCCUGUUAUAAUCUCAAGAUAAAAAAACAAAAAAAAAGGACAAAUCCCACCCACCUUUUCAGUUGUUUUCAUCUUUCUUUUGUUUGCAUGCCUGUGUAUCUGUAUGUAAGAAAAUGUAAUAUGCUUCAGGGGGAACCUUCUUUCCUUUUACCCUUUUCUUCUUUUUUUUUGGUUUAAGGAAGGGUGGUUGCUGCUGAUGGCUGAUGGUCCCAUCUCAGAGUAAGUGGGCAUUUGUAUUUGUAUGUCUGUGAUUUGUGAAAUGUCAUUUUCAUAAUAGCACCGACGAAUACCUACCCCAUGGCUUCCGUGUGGUAAAUUAUGACAUUGGCCUGGGGCUGAUUUGUCU